AUGGGGGCCUACCCCGCAAAGGCGCUGGCGGUGCUGCGGGACGUGGCCACGCGCAUGGAGGCCUGGGCGCGCGAGGAGAAGUUUGGGUCUGUGGUGCUGCACCAACUCGGGACGGCGCCUGACGAGAGGGUCUCGGAGGAGCUCUGCGCGUCCGCCGCCCUCAUGGCUAACAACCUGGGAGCAGCCGCCAUCCUGGCCUACACGCGGCGCGGCAACAUGGCGUCGUUCCUCUCGCGCUGCAGGUUUUGGUUGCAGACUGCAACAAAGGCUGGCUUGUAA